AUCGCUGUUGACAGUUCAGGUGUUAAUGUGACUGCUACCUGAUGAACCGCUGUCCCUGGGACAUAAAUGUACACUUGAACUUGAUUUACUGCAGCCUCACCCUGAUGUAGGAAGGGUCAUAGGUUUGAAUAUAAGUAUCUGCUUCUUCCUGAAUCUUUACACACAGGGAGUAAGCGUGAAUAACAUCAUCAGUGGCUCCAAAGUAUAACUCACUGAACAGUCUGGCAUUCGCUAAAGGCGCUCAACAAGCAAAGAAAAUCAAGCUGAGGUCAUACUUAGAUCCAGAAAGUUUGAUAAAAACAACAUCUUUUCUAGAACAACAAUGAACGCAGACAAAUAUGACAAACCUAAGGAAGAAGCGAAUGAAAUGGAUAGUAAAGAAAGCAAAAAGAAGGAAAAGAAAGAGAAGAAAGAAAUGGUCGGCCCGUUCACAAUGUUUCGCUAUGCAGAUUCCCAGGAUAUCAUUCUCAUGUUGUUCGGCACAGUAAUGGCUGUAGCUCACGGAGCAGGACUUCCACUGAUGAUCUUUGUGUUUGGAGACAUGACUGACAGCUUUGUUAACAGUGGAUUUCCAGGACAACUACCAGAUAACUUUACUGGAAAUCUGACUAUGAAUGUAACAGAAACCCUGGAAGAACAGAUGACAAGAUAUGCAUAUUACUAUUCAGGCCUUGGUGCUGCAGUUCUGGUAGCUGCGUACUUUGAGAUUUCAUUUUGGACAUUGGCAGCAGGCAGACAGAUAAAGAAAAUAAGGCACCAAUUUUUCCAUGCAGUGCUGAGACAAGAAAUUGGGUGGUUCGAUGUGAAUGACCCAGGAGAACUCAACACAAGACUCACAGAUGAUAUCAACAAAAUUAAUGAAGGAAUUGGAGAUAAAAUCUCAAUGUUGUUCCAGUCUUUGGCUACAUUCAUUACUGGACUUAUCGUUGGGUUUGUGAAAGGAUGGAAACUAACUCUGGUAAUAUUAGCAAUCAGUCCACUCAUGGGACUUUCUGCUGCCAUCUGGUCAAAGGUCUUAUCCUCAUUUACAAACAAAGAGCUGGAUGCCUAUGCAAAGGCUGGUGCUGUAGCUGAGGAGGUCUUAUCAUCCAUAAGGACUGUUGUAGCUUUUGGGGGACAGAAGAAAGAAAUACAAAGAUAUAAUCAGAAUUUAGUUGAUGCUAAGAACAUUGGAGUUAAGAAAGCUAUUACAGCCAACUUAUCCAUUGGUAUUGCUUUCUUUUUGAUAUAUGCAUCCUAUGCACUGGCUUUCUGGUAUGGAACAACUUUGGUGCUGGAAGAGAGCUAUUCAAUUGGAAAGGUUUUAACAGUGUUCUUUUCUGUAAUAAUAGGAGCAUUUGCUGUUGGUCAAACAUCACCAAAUAUGGAAUCCUUUGCCAACGCGAGAGGAGCAGCACAUGCCAUUUUUAAUAUAAUAGACAAUAACCCGAAAAUUGACAGUUUUUCAGAAGCUGGACAUAAGCCCAACUACAUAAAAGGGAACAUAGAAUUCAAAAAUAUACAGUUCACGUACCCAUCGAGACCUGAUGUGAAGAUAUUGAAAGGCCUGAAUCUGAGGAUAAACAGUGGACAAACUGUAGCCCUAGUUGGCAGCAGUGGCUGUGGAAAGAGCACAACAGUUCAGCUAUUACAGAGGUUUUAUGAUCCCGAAGAAGGCAUGGUAACUAUUGAUGAACAGGACAUUCGAUCCCUCAACAUUAAGUGUUUAAGAGAGUUUAUUGGUGUGGUGAGCCAAGAACCAGUGCUGUUUGCAACUACUAUAGCAGAAAACAUUCGCUAUGGGCGGGAAGAUGUUACCAUGGAAGAAAUAGAAGCUGCAACAAAAGAAGCCAAUGCCUAUAAUUUUAUCAUGCAGUUACCAGAUAAAUUUGAGACUCUGGUUGGAGAGAGAGGCACACAGUUGAGUGGAGGUCAGAAACAAAGAAUUGCUAUUGCCCGUGCAAUGGUCCGCAAUCCUAAGAUUCUUCUUCUGGAUGAAGCUACAUCAGCUCUGGAUGCUGAGAGUGAAGCAAUUGUACAAGCUGCUCUUGAUAAGGUAAAACAAGGUCGCACCACCAUAGUUGUAGCUCAUCGUUUGUCAACAAUACGAAACGCAGACAUCAUAGCUGGAUUUAGCAAUGGGGUUAUUGUGGAGCAAGGAAACCAUGAAGAGCUCAUGCAGAAAAAGGGAGUUUACCAUACUCUUGUAACUAUGCAGACUUUCAAAGAAGAAGACAAAGAAGAUGAGACUGAACUUUAUGAAACAAUUCCUGAAAUGUCAUCUCCAGACUUAAGUGACUAUAGAUCAUUAAUUAGAAGACAUUCUUCUCGGGCAGCUUCCAAGAAGUCACCAGCUGUCACUGAAGAAGUCAAAGUUCAACCAGAUGAUGACCUACCCAAAGUGUCCUUUCUACAAGUUCUUAAACUAAACAAAACAGAAUGGCCUUAUUUGGCAGUUGGAACGUUCACUGCAGCUAUCAAUGGAGCCCUUCAACCAGCUUUUGCUAUAAUAUUUUCUAAGAUUAUUGCGAUUUUUGCUGAGUUUGAUCAUAAAAUUGUUCGAUCAAAGAGUGACUUAUACUGUCUGUUGUUUUUGGGUCUUGGUGUUCUUUCGUUUAUCACAUUUUUCUUGCAGGGUUUUACUUUUGGCAAGUCGGGUGAGAUCCUUACAAUGAGACUUCGUUACAAAGCGUUCAUGUCGAUGUUGAGACAGGAAAUUAGCUGGUUUGAUGAUGCUAAAAACACAACUGGAGCUCUAACCACUAGGCUUGCUAAUGAUGCUUCCCAGGUCAAAGGGGCUACAGGGUCCCGGCUUGCUGUCAUGGCUCAGAAUGUUGCCAACCUCGGAACAGCGAUCAUAAUUGCAUUCAUCUACGGAUGGCAGUUGACACUACUCAUCCUUGGGAUUGUGCCAGUAUUAGCGAUAUCUGGACUUAUACAGAUGAGAAUGUUAUCUGGGCAUGCAAAGAAAGACAAAGAUGAAUUAGAAACGGCAGGAAAGAUUGCAACUGAGGCAGUAGAAAACAUUCGUACUGUUGUGUCUUUAACUCGCGAAAGGAAGUUUGAGGACAUGUAUGUGAACAGUCUCAAAGGGCCAUACAGAAACUCUAUACAAAAAGCACACAUCUAUGGUAUAACAUUCGGCCUCUCCCAAGCGAUCAUGUUCUUUGCAUAUGCUGGUUGUUUCCGAUUUGGUGCUUAUCUAGUGGAAAAUAAAUUCAUGACUUUUGAAGAUGUUUUUCUAGUGUUUUCUGCAGUUGUAUUUGGUGCAAUGGCUUUAGGACAGACCAGCUCAUUUGCUCCAGAUUAUGCCAAAGCAAUGGUUUCUGCAUCUCACAUGUUUAUGUUGUUUGAGAGAGUUCCCAGUAUUGACGCUUUCAAUGAAGGAGGAGUGAAGCCAGAAAGAUUUGAUGGUAACGUGAAGUUUCAUGAUGUAGUUUUUAAUUACCCAUCCCGACCUGAUGUGCCAGUGUUACAAGGAGUUACUAUUAGUGUGAAGAAGGGGCAGACCUUGGCCCUUGUGGGAAGCAGCGGAUGUGGAAAGAGUACCACUGUACAACUGUUAGAGAGAUUUUAUGACCCGCUACGAGGAGAAGUGGUUUUGGAUAAUCAAGACAUAAAGCAGUUAAACAUUGAGUGGAUAAGGGCACAGAUGGGUAUUGUAUCACAGGAACCUGUGCUGUUUGAUUGCAGUAUUGCAGACAACAUCAAGUACGGUGAUAACACCAGACAGGUGGCACAGGAAGAAGUGAUAGCUGCAGCCAAGGCAGCAAACAUUCACUCAUUCAUCGAAUCUCUACCAAAUAAAUAUGAAACGAGAGUAGGUGACAAAGGCACUCAGUUAUCUGGAGGACAGAAACAGCGAGUUGCAAUUGCACGAGCACUCGUACGACGUCCCAAAAUUUUAUUACUAGAUGAAGCUACAUCAGCACUCGACACAGAAAGUGAAAAGAUUGUGCAAGAAGCCCUGGAUAAAGCCAGAGAAGGCCGUACCUGUAUCGUGAUUGCUCACAGAUUAUCAACUAUCCAGAAUGCAGACAAAAUUGCAGUAUUUCAGAAAGGACAGAUCGUGGAAAAAGGAACACACCAGCAACUUCUAGCAAAACAGGGUGUCUACUACUCACUAGUCACUGCGCAGAUGGGCCAAACAUGAAUGUAGAGGUCAUGCAAGGAACUGAACUGGAUGUUAACUGAAAGAAUGUAAGCAGCAGCCAUACUGGAAAAAAAAACUGAUCCAAAAGACUUAGACUUCUGCCUGAGGCGCCAUAAUUACCUUAAUUCGAUAAUUUAUGGAAAUUACACAUUAGUAAGUUAUUACUGCUACAGUGAAUAUAAAUCAUUAGAAAUGAGAAGAAAGAGUAAGUGGAAGUGAGUUCUCCGACAGCUGGAAAACGUGGAAUAUUAUGUUAGUUUCCAGCUCAUUAACCCAACUGCUUCUUUAACACAGCAGAAGAAUUUCUGAGAAGAAAAGUAAAUAGUAAAGUAGUUCCUUGCCCACUGUAGUAAUAAAAUAUAUUCUGUCAUGUACGCAUUCUCUAAAAUAAAUGAGAUUGCAUCACAUAUGAUGCAACACUGACACCUUUUAGAUUUUCCGUGAAGUGACCCAUUUUAAUGAAAGAAACAAAGAUCAUAGGCAUUGGCCAGUAUUCACCAUGAAGGUAAGUCAGAAACAUUUAGCUAAAUCCAAGGCUAUUACCCCAGAUAAACUAUCAUGGGAUACUGACUGCAUAUGCGUCCUUAUAGACAGACAUUGACAUCUCAGUAAAUUAAGUAAAAUAAGAAACUAUCUGAAAUUAAUUAACCCAUCAACUAGAGAACCCUGAUGGAAAAUCAGUCUGCUUUUGUGAUACAUCAUGUGUCAUGAUUGCUUGCAAAUAUUUAUCCUGUUGUUCUAUGUUUGACACCACAACCUGUCCAGAUUAUCUUAAAGUAACUAUAUCGUCUGCAUUACCUAACCUGUGCAUUACAGCUCCAAAGACAAUUGUGUACCCAACUCUCAGUUUAAUUAUUCUUCUCGAGGCAGAUUUAAACAUUAAACUACAAUUUUGAAUACAGAAGAGACACGCUUAUUGUCAGAUAAUCAUAUCAUACAAUUUGUAUUGGAAAAGUGCCUUGCAAUACUUAUUAAAACAUUAAUAAAACCACA